CAGCAUCCUUUACCCGUGUGGGUUUGCUGCAGGACGAAGGGCUGGGGGGAUUGUGUGUGGUUCUUGCAGCCCUGAUGCACAGCAGGAUCCUCCCCUCUCCAGCCACAUCCUCCCCUCAAAUCCCUCUGGUUUGGCCUUGCCGUGGCCAAACCAGCACCGAUUUCCUGCCUUGCCCAAGACCCCGGUGACCGCGGCCACUCCAUCCCCUGCAGCUGCAGCCUCGCACCCCUCGGUCCCAGGGGAGGGCUGGAAGGGGAGGAAGCCACCAAGAGCCUUGGCUGGGGACAGCGGGGCAGCAAGAGGAAGCUGCCGGCACCCUGUGACAGCGCGAGGGCGCGGGUCCCCUCCCCGGAAGGAAGGAGCUGUUGGGCUCCAUCAUCCCCGUGCAGGGUGCAGGGUCCCUGCUCUGCCCCAUCCCCUCGGCACCCGGCCUGUCCUCACCCUGCGCAGGACCCGCUGCCAUGCCCGUGACCGUCACCCUGCCCGGUCCUGCCCCAUGGGGCUUCCGCAUCGCGGGGGGAAGAGACUUUGGGAAGCCCAUCACCGUCUCCAAGGUGGCAGAGCACGGGAAGGCGGCCGUGGGUGACCUGCGCCCGGGGGACCUCAUUGUCACCAUCAACGGGGAGAGUGCAGCCGAGAUGCUCAACGUGGAGGCGCAGAAUAAGAUCAAGCAGAGCCCUGGGCAGCUCCGGCUGCAGGUGGAGAGGUCCCCGGUGCCACCUCCCAGCCACACCAAUGGGGACACCUCACCGGAGAGGCUGGGAACCCGCUUCCAGGAUGCGCUGUGGAUGCAGGAGGAGAGCCGGGGCGCCAGGAGAGGCUCCAGCCCCGCAUCCUGCAGCCCCCUGCCCGGCAGCGAAGGCUCACAGCUCAUGGAGGAGAUCGCCAGUCCUGGCCUCUGCCAGGAGCGAGGAAGCCUCCACAGCUCCUCGGGGUCUGCGCUGCCUCCACCCCCCCGCCCACCCUCACCGGGGCUCGGGGCCCCCCCAAACCCCUGGGAGACCCCCGGGGAGCGGCGCGGCUCUUCAUCCUCCCCCAACCCCUGCAGCAGCCCGGGCUCGGAGCCGGCCAUGAGGCGCUUGGAGGAGGACUCGGAGGUGCUGAAGAUGCUGCAGGAGAACCGGGAGCUGCGGGCGGCGCCGCGGCAGUCCAGCACCUUCCGCCUGCUGCAGGAGGCGCUGGAGGACGAGGCUGGAGCGCCCUUCCCCAGCCGCCUCUCGCCCAGCGCCCGCAAACCCGCGCCGGGGCUCCCGAGGCUGCCCCCGUGUGAGAAGUGCGGCAGCGGCAUCGCGACGCAGGCGGUGCGCAUCCGGGACGGGCGGUACCGGCACCCAUCCUGCUACGCCUGCGCCGACUGCGGCCUCAACCUGAAGAUGCGGGGGCACUUCUGGGCCGGGGACGAGCUCUACUGUGAGAAACACGCGAAGCUGCGCUACCAGGGCCCCCCCGGCGGCACCAGAGCCCCCACGGUGCCCCCCCACUCCUGAGCCCCACGCAGGGGGCGAUGGGGACCUCCCCGCUGCAUCCCCUCGGGCACCCCAACAGCCCCAUUGCUUUGGUAGGGUUGGGGCUGGUGGUGGUGGGGGGGGUGUGAGCUGCAGCUGCCCCCUUUGCCCUUGCUGCGUCAGGGUGCGUGUGAUGAGCUUGGGUUAGUUCUCAGCCUGGGUUGCAGCAGCUGUAUGCACCCAGGGGCGCAGCAGGGACAUAAAGGGAGGGCACAGGGAUGCUUGAGCACUUAGGUACUGGAGACGGGGCUGGCACCGCUUUGUGCACUGACUGCAAAGGGCUUCUCCGAGCUAUUAAACCAGAUCUCUAUAUAAAGGUAAUAUAUAUUUGCUCCA